UUACCUGGCAUAUAACACGUGUGACUUUGAUUCUAUAGUUCAAAUAAUAUUAGCAAGUGCUAUGGACAAUCCGGUAUCUAUGACUUGGAUACAGAAAUCUCCAAAUGCGACGUUACAGUUUGUCUGGAAUUUCGUCAAAAAUGGACCAAAAGCCUCUGUAUACAAAGAUCGAAUAGUUCUUCUGAAAAACCAUUUUCCUUCGAACAUCACCCCUCAUUAUGAUCGACACAGUAAACUAACCUCCUAUUCAAUCGACCUAUUUGACAACCUAAACAUGAUAUGGGAAAGAUGUUUCAACCCAGAACCCAGCGCAUUUUACACUUGCAGAUGUUCCGAUUGCAAUAUACAUACUUCUGUUAUUCCAACGUUAAUAAUUAAUCACAAAAUAAUUGGAGAAAGCGGAUUCACUGGACUUUGGGAAGCCCUAGGAUUUUACUGUAAACUGCAAACUUCAUGCAAUAACAAGAAUUGUGACCAGUUGUGUCAGGUGGACAUCACGUACAACACCCAGAUUUUUAUUGAAUUAGAUGUAAGACCUGAUUUGACAUUUUCAAGAGGGAUGACUGGCGUGCCAAUAAUCGUUGGGAAAUAUGAAAUGACACCAAGACCAAAGUUAUUCAUUGUAAUCCAAACACCUGCAUUGAAUCUCAUGGUGUUGUGUAUAUUGCAUUACCUGAUGACGAAAUUGUUGAACAUUCACUUGAAGAUAUCGAUACUUUGGAGCAGACUUUGUCUCACUUGAGUGAAAUUCCAACGAUAUCCAAGUCUUGCACAGAACAAAGUAUGAGAAAAUAUGUCAUCUGAUGAAAUGGGAGAAAAUUCGGUUUUGAAUCAAUGUGAAUCACCAUUAAUGUUACGCACUGGGAGUAUGAUGCCUGGGAUCACCCUUGAUGGAGAAGUUUUCCAGCU